AUCAGGUUAGCCUUCUAACUUUUAUUGGAGAUUUCCGUGGAGAGGAACAGCUUGGAGCUUAUACUCAGUUUUUUUUCUUUCUUUUGGAUAUAUUUUGUUGAAUUUUUUACAGAGUGGAAAGGAGAGGAGUAGGGAGUCAGAAACAUUGAUAAGAGAGAAAUGACUGGAAUUGGGCCUUGGGGCCAACGCUCUAUCCACUGAGCCAAACUGGUGAGGCUAUGCUCAAUUUUUGGCGGCCUGGUUUUUUUGGCAGGGCUAAUCUUGUGGUUAAAGAGAAAGAGGACUUCUGUUUUUUUAACUUGGGCUGGAUCGGAUUUAUAAUUGGGGCCACUGCCCUUAAUAUCAGCAACCCGACAAUUAAUUGAUUAGCAAUUAGCUCAAACGCCGGGAAAAUCCUGUGGGUUCCCCGAGCCACAGACAAUGGCUACCUACAGCCUGGCAAAUGAGCAACGACUACGCGCCUUGGAAGACAUUGAACGGGAAAUCUGCGCCAUCCUGCAGAAUGCAGGUACCGUGAUCCUGGAACUUUCCAAGGAAAAAACCAAGGAGCAGCUGCUACACCGACAAGCGGCGGCUUUCACGGCGUCGGUGCAACAUGUAGAAGCGGAGCUGUCAGCUCAGAUCCGCUACCUAACCCAGGUGGCCACAGGGCAGCCCCACGAGGGCUCCAGCUACUCUUCAAGCAAGGACUGUCAGAUGGCUCUACAGCGAGUGGACUAUGCUCGCCUCAAGCUCAGCGAUGUGGCCCGAACCUGUGAGCAGAUGCUGGAAAACUAAGCCAAGUAGGCAGAGAGACAUCUUGGAGGCAGAUCACCACCUGUCCCCCGGGACAGAACCUGGGGACCUGUAGAUUGAGGAGCACAGGCUGCCAUGCAUGCCCUGCUGGUCAUAUAGGAGGACAAAGAGGCAAAAGGUGGGAAUGGAGAAACUUCAAGUCCACGCCUGCCCAUGACUCUGUGCUGGCUCCUCCAGCAGGUGCUCCUGCUCUGACUUCACCAAAGUGCUGACAAACCUCAGACAGGAGAUAAAGAGUCAGUCACCCAACCCACUUCUUCAGAUACUUCAUGUCCUUGUCCCCUUCCGCAGACUUGACCCAAUGAAGACACAUUUUUUUUUUCACUGGGAGAGAUAAAGCAGGAACUAAGGGUUUUAAUAAUAAAAAAACAAGAAA